AUGCCUCCAAAACUAUCCGGUAACCGUGGCAAACGAUGUAACUGUAUGGACCCUCUUCGUAAUAUUCGAUCAAAAUAUACAAGUCAAUGUAAGAUGUUUCGUACUUUUCGUGAAAUAAGAUAUCGUGGUGGUUUGGGCAUAGAAUGUGGACUCCUGCAGGAUUCGGAAACUUUACGGUACAGAAUUGCUGACCAAUUGGCAAAAGAUGAAGCAAUUUUCUACUAUAAGGACGGUCGAAUUCUUGAAUACUGUGAAGUGAUUACAAAAUGUCCAAGUGAAGUCCCCUCGAUCCAAGACGGUGUUAACUUGCUUGAAUUUUACAACAGCAGGCUCAAGGAGAAUAUUACUGAUGAACAAUUUGUUGUGAUGGAUAAGCAAAGGAUAUACUAUCCUAUUUCUGAACUGUUUAUUGCCAAAGUUCCAACACCGUGCUCCUCCUGUAAAAACUUUCCACACUCCACAACAACCAUCUUUCCAAGACUAUUUUUCCAAAACUAUCUUUUCCCAGAUCGAAUGAAGCCGCGGAUACCCGGAAAGUCUAAAUAA